AUGCCCGUCUCGACGCCCUCUUGGACUGCGCGACUCUAUGUCGAGAGCGGCGCCGCGUCGCUCGUACGGUCACCCCGUGAUACCAAGAUUCUCUGCCUGCAACGCUUCGUCCGCUACUUCGGAUAUGGUGCUACCUUUCUCAUCCUCGUCCACUUCCUCUCGAGUCACGGCUUCUCCGAGGAACGAAUCGGCAUCUUCAUGACCCUGACGCUCUUUGGCGAUGUCAUUAUCAGCUUCAUCCUGACCGCCGUCACCGAUAAGCUCGGCCGCCGCCGGGUCCUGGCAGCCGGCGCUGUCCUCAUGGCCAUGAGCGGCUUCAUGUUUGCCCUGAGCGGCAACUACUGGCUUCUCCUCGUGGCGAGCGUCAUCGGCGUCAUCAGCCCGAGCGGCAACGAGAUUGGCCCCUUUCGCGCCGUCGAGGAGUCCAUCCUGGCCCAGCUCACCGACAGAGAAGACAGGAGUGACAUUUUCGCCUGGUCGACGCUGCUGGGCACUGCCGGCGCCGCCGCCGGCACCAUGACGUGCGGCUGGCUGGUGCAGCUGCUUCAGGACCUCGAGCACUGGGACACCCAGGCUGCCUACCGCGUCAUCUUUGUCAUUUAUGCCUGCAUCGGCAUCGUCAAGCUGUUCCUCGUCUUCUUCCUGAGCGCCGGCGUCGAGGCCGAACCCUCUCAGGCUGCCUACAGCGCUGUCCCCACCGAACUGCAGGAGGACGACGAAGAAGGGAACGCCUUCCUCGCCGACGACCGGUCCGAUGACGGUCACGAUGGGGUCGCAUCCCCAGCCGCGGCGUCACGGAGACGCUCGACCUCCAUGUCCAUGUCGUCACAACGCACGCUGAGCGCAUGGCAGCGCGUCCGCAACAUGGUGCCGGCCAUUUCGGCGCAAUCGAGGUCACUGCUCUACAGGCUCCUCGUCGUCUUUUUUGUCGACUCGUUCGCCUCAGGCAUGGCGUCGCCCUCAUGGCUCACCUACUUCUUCACGACGGUGCACUCGCUCGAGCCGGGCUCGCUCGGCACGCUGUUCCUCGUGACCAACAUUCUGGCGUCGCUCUCCAACCUGGCGGCGCUGCCCAUCAUCCGGCGCCUCGGGCCCCUCAAGACCAUGGUCUUCACGCACCUGCCGUCGGCCGUCUUCCUCGCCGUCAUCCCCUUUGUGCCCGCCGGCAGCACCGGGACCUGGAUCGCCAUGGGCCUGCUGUCGCUGCGCGCCUGCAGCCAGAGCAUGGACACGGCGCCGCGGCAGGCUUUCCUCUCGGCCGUCGUGCUGCCGGGCGAGAGGACGGCCAUCCUCGGUGUCGUGAACAGCGUCAAGACGCUGGCGCAGGCGGGCGGCGUCGGCACGUCGGGCUUCCUGGCGGCGCGAAAGCUGUGGAUCGUCGUGCUGACGGGUGCAGGAACCAUGAAGGUCAUGUACGACCUCUGCAUGUUGUGGAUGUUCUGGCGACUGAAGGAGAGGGGUGACACGACGGAGAGCAAACACACGACGGACGAGGAAGAACAGUGA